AUUCCAAACCACAUUCACAACCUUGUGAGUGGACUUCAGCAACUAGAGGAAAAGAUGUCUCAGAGCAAACCUAUCCAACGUACCGAAGUCAGGAUUGGUCAUUCUCUGAAUGAAGGAGAGCAGGACCAUGUUUCCAGGAGGAGAGAGACUGUUCUGCAGUGCUUAAAGAGACAUGGCAUCAGCUGCAGUCAGGAUACAAUGCCCAACAUUGCACUGCUGGGCUCUGGGGGAGGUGAGCGAGCCAUGCUGGGGUUACUGGGAUCACUGGUUCAACUAAAGAACUGUGAUCUCCUGGACAGCAUAAUGUACCUGAGUGGAGUCUCAGGAUCCACAUGGUGCAUGGCAUCCUUAUAUAAAGAGUCAGACUGGUCCACCAAUCUGGACGCUGUGAAGGAGAAUAUCAUUAAAAGGCUUGAUGGGCCUGAAGUCAGCUGGUCGGAUGCUUGGAAAAAACUGAACAAAUACUAUGACCAGAAUGACAACUUCUCCCUGACAGACGUCUGGGCUGUAAUGUUUGUCACUAUGAUCAUGAAAGAGAUUGAUGAAAACACUAUAAGCGGUCAGAGAGAGAAUCACAGCAAAGACCCAUAUCCCAUCUACACUGUGAUUGACAAGCAGUGCAAAAAGAAGGAACUGAACCGAGAUGUCUGGUUUGAGGUUGCGCCUCAUGAAGCUGGCUACUCCCUCACUGGUGCGUUUGUGGACUAUGCCUAUUUUGGGAGUCAGUUUGAAGAAGGACGUUUAGUGAAAAAACAACCUGAGAUUGACAUGCUGUAUCUGCAAGGACUCUGUGGCAGUGCCCUCGCUGAUGGACAAGAGAUACUGAUAUGGUUAUGGGAACAUAUCAAAAACUUACUUCCAUUUGCGCAAUACUCACUCCGGGGCCAAAAGGUGCUCUUAACUCUCAUGGAGCUGAACGUAUGUGUUCUGAACAAGGAAGACCCCACAAGUCUAAUCACAGAAAUGACUGUGCAGCUAGAAGGAAAGCUGGAUAAACAUGGGAGAGCAAUGUUCAUCUCUAAAAAAGAGUUACUACAUGACCGGGAUCAUCAGAUACUGAAGAAAUACACACUGAUGAUAUGUAAAAAUUUCCAAGAUUGGUUUGAGGACGCUCCGGUUUCCCCCACAGUCCAAAGACAUGCAGAGGCACGGAUCUCGUGGAUUAUACCAAAGAUCUUUGAGCUUCUUACAAACUGGACAUGGGGAACAACACACAAUUUCCUCCACCAAAUGAAAGUGGAAGAUGUGGACCCCUCUGUUCUGAGUGAGGAGGAGAGAAAUUAUAUGGAUGCUGGGCUGCUGAACAACUCUCCUUAUUUCCCAAUGCUGAGAAAAGAGAGACACAUCGAUCUCUUUAUCUCCCUUGAUUUCAGUUCUGGAGACCCCAUGGAGACUGUGGUUAAAGCUUCUGAAAUGUGCAAGGAAUUGAAGAUUCCGUUCCCUGAGGUAAAACCACCACCAAAGUCUUCUGAGCCAGAUGACUUCUAUUGUUUUGAGGGGAAGAACGGAGCUCCAACUGUGAUCCACAUUCCCCUUUUCAACAAAGUCAACUGUCAUGGUCAUAUUAAGGACUGGGAGAAAGAAUAUACGACCUUUCAUGAGCCCUACAGUGGUGACGUGAUCAUCAAGCUGAUUGAGAAAGCAGGCGAGAAUGUGAUAAACAACAAGGGAAAACUCAUUAGAGUGAUACGGUCUGUCACCGAGGAAAAGGGUAAAACACAAUAGAGUGUGUUUGCCUUCAACUACAAGCUUGGGUGGUGAGCAAAUUGCAGUAAUUCAUGUCAGUGCUUCAUGCCACAUUAUGUUUAUUUUUAUAAAUCUGAUUCUGAGAUAGUGAUUGUUUUCUGGCCUGUGGGGUUACUGAUUGAUCAACUCAGUACAAUCUCAGUACAACAAUAUGUUUUGCUCUUGUGUAAUGACCAGGCACCUGAUCUAGAUUUUUGAACUUCACCUGCUUUACCUCAUUUCAUAAAUACAUAUUCAUGGAAAUAGUCUGUCUCAAAAACCUUUAAAUUCUUUAUUUUUGAGUUAUCUUUCGCUGAUGCUUAGUCAUCAUCUUGCUGGCAUCAGACAGUGCUUAAAAAUAUGACACAUUAUUUCAAUAAUCACUAAUCACAUAUUCAUGGAAAACUAUUUUAGUGUUUAAAACCAUCAUAUACAUGUUUGUGUAAUACAUGAUAUUUUCUACUGGUAUGUUGGUUAUUUCCUAAAAAUUACUGCAAAAAUGUCAAUAAAGUUCAUGCAUUUAUUUUCA